AGUGGAACCACUGUAGCUGUAGCAGCAUGGAUUCUUUUCCUCCUGUUUUCAACUAACGUACAGACCCCAGAAGACAAAAGGGAUUAGCAGCCCACAUUACCCACUUUAAUAACUAUUAAUAAUUUCAUAAUUAGGUUAUGUGGUAAUAUAUGAAAACUGCUUCUGCCUCUUGAUUUCUCCAAUACCAUAGAAUUCAGAUUCAUGGAGAUAGAGAAGAUGAUGCUUUCUGUAUUGAGAAAUUUGGUCUUUGUAACCCUGAUUAUGGGAUGUAAAGCAGCAAAAGCAGAGGAGUUUAAUUACAAUGGCGUGAGGGGACCUUCACACUGGGGGGAUCUCAAGGAAGAGUGGAAGACCUGUGGUCAGGGUAGACAUCAAUCUCCCAUUGAUGUGAUAAAGAGAGAUAUUGAGAUAUACCCAAAUCUGGGGAAGCUACACAAGAGCUAUAAGGCAGCUAAUGCAUCUCUUGUGAACAGAGGCCAUUACAUCAUGGUGAGAUGGGCAAAAGGGGCAGGUACCAUUCAUGUAGAUGGAACUAACUUUACUCUCAGGCAAUGCCAUUGGCAUUCUCCUGCUGAGCACACUAUUUAUGGCAGAAGAUACCCUUUGGAAAUACACAUGGUCCACCAAACAGAAGAUAACAGAACUGCGGUCAUCGGAAUUCUAUACAAGUAUGGAAGACAUGAUACAUUCCUUGCAGAGCUGAUGAAUCAAAUGUCAGCUCUUAGUCAUGAGAUGGAGCCAGAGGCAGAGGAGACACUGGGAAUCAUAGAUCCCAAGCAAAUAAAGUUGGGAAGCAGAAAAUACUACAGAUACACAGGCUCUCUAACAACUCCUCCAUGUACUGAAGGAGUCAUCUGGAUCAUUGUAGAUAAGGUAAGAACUGUGUCAAGGGAUCAAGUGAGAAAUUUAGUAAUGGCAGUGCAUGAUGGUUUUGGAAGGAAUGCAAGGCCAACUCAAUCGGAAAAUGGACGAAUUGUAGAACUGUAUACCCCACGCUAUGGAAACUCCAAGAAUCAUAAUUGAGCUUACAAAAUUUAUUACAUAGGCAGCUAGUGGGGGCUUAUGUUCUUUUGGGUCUCUUAUUCUAGAUAUGAAAUUGAAAUUGAAAUAAAUGUAUAGCAGAGGAAGAAACUGCAGUUAAUGAUGAGUUGGAAUUGGUGAAUGGUGGUAGAGAGUUACAGGGUGGUCGUUGGAAUUCGGAAUUUCUUUGACUUUUGAGAGUGAUGUUUUUCAUAUAAUUAUAUUAAACUGUUGAUUUGA